AUGUCAGAUUUCAACAAAACUGUCUUCACCAACCCCUCCACCUUCAUCCUGCUGGGGAUCUCCAUCCCAUUCUCGGGCAUCUACGCCAUCGCCGUCUUGGGGAACUUCACCAUCCUCUUCAUUGUGAAGAAGGAACAGAGCCUCCAUGAGCCCAUGUACUAUUUCCUCUGCAUGCUGGCCGUCACCGACCUCGUCCUGUCUACAACCACCCUGCCCAAAAUGCUCAGCAUUUUCUGGUUCAAUUCCAGGGAGAUUAAUUUCAGUGCUUGCCUCACCCAGAUGUACUUCAUUCACUGCUUCACAGUGAUGGAGUCUGGGAUCUUCGUGGCCAUGGCUUAUGAUCGCUACGUGGCCAUCUGUGAUCCCCUGAGACAUUCCACCAUCCUGACAAACACCAUGGUGGUCAAGACUGGCCUGGCCAUGGUGCUUCGUGGCAGCGUGCUUGUAAUGCCCUAUCCCAUCUUCGCAAGUCUGCGGCCAUAUUGCAGAACCAAUAUAAUCUCCCAUGUAUACUGCGAGCACAUGGCCGUGGUGAAGUUGGCCUGCGCUGACAUUACCAUCAGUAAUUACUACGGCCUCUCUGUGUUAUUCAGUGUCCAUGGACUGGAUGUGAUUUUUAUUGUCAUUUCCUAUAACCAGAUCCUCAGGGCCAUCUUCAGGCUCCCCACCAAGGACGCCCGACUCAAGACUUUUGGGACCUGCAGCUCCCAUCUCUGCGCCAUCCUAACAUUUUAUGUCCCAAUGGUCUUCACUUCCAUCAUGCACCGGUUCGGUCACAGCGUGGCCCUGCCUUUCCACAUUCUCAUUGCCAAUAUUUACCUCUUGGUGCCACCCAUGCUAAACCCCGUCAUCUACGGGGUGAGAACCAAGCAAAUCCGGGACAGGAUGCUGCAUGUCUUUACUCCUAAAAGGACCUAA